UCAAUUCAGCAAAAUUAUAAUGAUGCUUCCAUGGAGCUUGCAUCUAAUAGUCCUCCAGGUUCGCCUGAUAUAAGUGACGUAGUUGGAGCGCCGCAGUUGGAUCCUCGAGUUGGUGAAGAAUACCAGGUGGAGGUCCUUGACAUCAUAAAAGAAUCAGAACGGCUUCGACUUCUUAUGAAUACUGCUGAUUCAGAAGUUAUGUGUGAUAACUCGCUUUCCUUUGUAAUUGGUUUGCCUAUCUCAGUCACAUGGAUGCAUAAUGCAGUGGAGGAUAGUAGAUGUGGAGGAAAUCUUGCAGACGUUGAUGGAAAUGAAUCUUCAGGUCAACCGGGUAAAAGCAAAAAUUAUGUAUUGUUUCCUGGCAUAUUGAGUAACUCCUGGAGUGAAGCUGAUGCAAAAAGUUUUCUCCUUGGUUUGUUUAUUUUUGGGAAGAGUUUUAUUAAGAUAAAAAAAUUCUUAGAGAACAAAGGGAUGGGGGAAAUACUGUCAUUUUACUAUGGAAAGUUUUACAAAUCUGAAGAAUAUCAUAGAUGGUCAGACUGCAGAAAGAUAAAAGGGAGAAAAUGUAUUGUAGGACAGAAACUUCUUACUGGACAGAGGCAGCAUGAACUAUUGUCUCGCUUGAUUCCCCAUGUCUCAGAAGAAUCUAAAGAUACUUUGUUGCAGGUUUGUCAGUCAUAUGUGGAGGGCAGAACUUCUCUAGAAGAAUACAUUUUAUCUAUGAAGUCUACUAUUGGACUUGGCGUUCUUGUAGAAGCAGUAGGUAUUGGAAAGGAAAAGGAAAACCUUACAAGCCUUGCCGUGGAACUUGGGAAGAACAAUCGGGUGUUUCCAGUACCAACUUGUAAAGCUUGGUCUUCUCUUGGACCAAAUGAUAUAAUCAAAUAUUUGACAGGAGGAUUGCGACUUAGCAAAGCCAAAAGUAAUGAUCUCUUCUGGGAAGCUGUUUGGCCCCGCUUACUGGCAAGAGGUUGGCACUCUGAACAACCAAAGAAUCAAUGCUAUGUCCACUCCAAAGAAUAUCUGGUUUUUCUUAUCCCUGGUGUUAAGAAGUUUUUGAAGAGAAAACUUGUGAAGGGUGAUCAUUACUUUGAUUCUGUUAGUGAUGUCUUGAGCAAAGUAGUAGCUGAACCUAAUCUUCUUGAGCUUGAAGAAGAGACUAAAGUUGGUAGCUGCAAUGAUGAAGAGCCAGAAAAGGGAUUGAGUAAGGAUGACCAAUCUGAUUAUCGUCAUCAAUGUUACCUCAAGCCCCGAGCUUCUACUACAGAUCAUAUAAAAUUCAUGGUUAUUGAUACCAGUUUGGUGCACAGAGGGAAGUCAUCUGAUUUAAUGGAAAUUAAAUCUGCACCUGUUAAGUCAGUGGGUAGAGUUGAGGGAAAUGCUGCUGGUAUAACAAAUAAAGGGGCCAAACUUACAAGGAAAGUAAACCAUGGCAAGGAUAUGGCUGAAAACGUCGAUAAAAAGAUGACAGUUAUUGAUACCAGUAUGCUUUAUGAAGGAAAAUUAUCGAAGGUGAGAGAAGUGAGAUGUCUUCCGGUUGAAUUAGGACAUGCUUAUAAGAUGACUGUUCUCCCAAGAGAAAGUAAGGAUAGCUCCUUUGAUGAAGAUUCACCAAGCAUGAUGACACGUGAGAAAAGGAAUAUUAGUAAGCCAGAUAAUAAUGCAAACAAAAUGGUAGAAAGCCAGAAAAAUCAGAAGACCUGUGUGACUGAUGAUAAUCAGAUAAAGAGGACUAUAAAGCAUCAAUUCUGUCGGAGGGCAAGAUCAGAUCAUGGUAAUCCUAUGGUUCUUCCCAUUAAAAGGAGAAGAUUGACUGCUUGUGCCAAGGCAGAGACAAGCCGCGCCAUUGAGAAUUCAUCAGGAGGCUUGGAAUCUAAAAAAGUGGCAUUCUCUCAGUCAUCGAGAUUUCCAGAUUCCCACCAAAUUGUUUGUGAUUCAGUUAGUUCUCAGCCGAAUGGAAGUUCGAUUGCCUAUCUAGCUGAUAGAAGUGUGGAAGUGAAUAACGAGGAAAUCAUUCUCAAUGAAAUUUGUCAAUCCAGGAGCAAUUCUUGUUUUAAAGUCGAGAAAUGUGAAUCACAGUCAGCGGUCACCUUCAGCACACCCCAGGUUCCAUUGAAGUCCGAAGAUGGUGAAAUGGUGGCGACAGUGGAGGAAGAUGGGCUGUGCGAAAAAGCAAAUGAUCCAUGUUUGUCAACUGAUACUCAGGGGGUAGUUGAGAAGCCACAAAAAGCCUCUUGUGAUGUUGGUUCUAUGGAAGAGCAGCCUAAUACAAAUCCUAGGAGACAGAGCACAAGAAAUAGACCAUUGACGGUUAAAGCAUUGGAGUCUCUGGGAAAUGAAUUCUUGCACGUACAGAGGAGACAGAAAAAGAAAGAUAUCCUGCCACACAUAGAUGCUUUCAGCCCUUGCCGCAAGGCUCGUACAAGCAAAACAAACCUGCAUAGUCAUAGUUCAGAUCAUGGGACUGCAGUUUUAGCAAAAGAAAAGCAUUUCAAUGGAGAUCAUAAAGUGGAAAUUGUAGAGUUAGUGGAAUAUUUCCAAGCCACUUCGCUAUAAAUUAAAGAGCAGAGUUUAUUAUACAGGUAUCUUUGAAGCUACCAGCUAUCAUAGAUGUUUUGAGUUUUAGAAAGAAAUGGAUUUUGGAUUUUGAAUGUGCUAUUGGGAAUAAAUAUGUAUAUCCACGA